CACCCACUGCUCUCACCGCCUCCCGUUUGCAGCUGGGGACCGUGGAGCUCGGACUCGGGCAGAACGGGCAGGGAGACAGCAGAGGGUCCCGCGGCAGAGCGCAUGGAGAUGCACACUCCUUUUCUCCUGUGGGCCAUCCUCUUUUCUGUAGUGAUCAGUUCCAGUCCAGUCCCAAGAAAGUUAUUUGGGGAGAUCAGAUCCCCAGAUUAUCCCAAGCCGUACCCCAACAAUAACAUCAGCAGUUGGGAUAUCGUUGUGCCCAAAGGCUAUGUGGUGAAGCUGACCUUCAGAUACUUUGACCUGGAGCCAUCAGAGUCCUGUUUCUAUGACUAUGUUAAGAUCAGAGCAGACAAGAAGAGCUUGGGGCGAUACUGUGGGCAGCUUGGGUCAACCACAGGCAAUCAUCCAGGAAGAAAGGAGUUUGUAUCUAAGGGAAACAGGAUGCAUCUUUCAUUCCAUUCUGAUUUCUCCAAUGAAGACAAUGGCACUGUCAUUCCCUACAGGGGCUUCCUGGCCUAUUAUAAAGCUGUGGAUCUUGAUGAAUGUGAUCCUAACAAUGCUGCUGAGGAUGAUGAGGGGCUUCGGUGCCAGCAAAUCUGUCACAACUAUAUGGGUGGCUACUUCUGUUCUUGCCGACCUGGCUAUCAGCUCCAAAGUGACUACCACUCCUGCAAAGUGGAGUGCAGCAGUGAGUUGUUCACAGAGCCAUCUGGGUACCUGAGCAGCCCAGAUUACCCCCACCCCUAUCCUGAAGACCUCCAUUGUAACUACAGCAUCCGUCUGGAAAAAGGCCUGUCUAUCAUCCUAAAGUUCUUGGAACCUUUUGAGAUUGAUGACCACCAGCAAGUCCAUUGUCCCUAUGAUCAGCUCAAGAUCCAAGCACGAGGGAGAGAGAUUGGUGAAUUCUGUGGCAAGAAGUCACCUGGCAGCAUAGAAACCAAAAGCAAUGAGGUGGACAUACUCUUCUUCACUGAUGAAUCAGGGUACAGUCGUGGUUGGAAGAUCCACUACACCUCGGAGAGAAUACGGUGCCCGCAGCCUGUCCCACGGGAUCAGUUUACCAUCAUCAGAGACCUGCGAUCUGUGUUUCGAUAUCAAGACUAUAUCAUUGUCAGCUGCCAGACUGGCUAUAACUUGGUGGAGGGGAAUCGGAAGCUGCUGUCCUUCACUGCUGUCUGCCAGGCUGAUGGGACGUGGCAUCAACCCAUGCCCCACUGUGAAAUUGUGAACUGUGGCGGCCCUGCAGAACUCACCAAUGGGAUAUUCAGUUAUGUUAACAAACCUGCAAACAACACCUACCAGUCAGAGAUCAAGUACCAGUGCAAUGAACCAUAUUAUCACAUUGUCACCGGAGGAGGAGGUGAUAGAUACACCUGUUCUUCUGAGGGAACCUGGGUGGAUCGAGAUGGCCAGAAGAGGAUUCCUGCCUGCUUGCCAGUGUGUGGGAAGCCGGACCACCCUGUUAUUAAAAUCCAGAGGAUUGUAGGUGGUGAGCGAGCAGGCAAGGGCAAUUUCCCUUGGCAGGCUCUGACUGAAAUCAAGGGACGUGGAGGUGGAGCGCUCCUGAGUGAUCGCUGGAUCCUGACCGCUGCCCACACCGUCUUCCCCAAAGGACCAGCAAGGCACAACUUAAGCCUAGAUCAGCUAACAGAGGACGCUGAAGUUUUUCUUGGCCACACUGAUGUAGAAGAGCUCUCCAAGAUGGGGCACCACCCUGUACGCAGGAUCUUUGUCCAUCCUGAUUACGAUCCUAAUGAUGAGCAUAACUUCAAUGGAGACAUAGCGCUGCUGGAACUGAAACACCCAGUAACCCUAGGCCCUACAGUACUGCCCAUCUGCCUCCCAGAUACUAGCAACACCACAUUCUACAUGGAUGGGUACAUGGGGUAUGUGAGUGGCUUUGGUGUGGAAAAAAACUUUCUUUCAAAACAUUUGAAAUACGUGCAGCUACCAGCAGUUUCUCGGGAGAAAUGCCAGAAUUGGCUGGAUGGUCAUAAUGGAGGGAAACAUAUGGUCUUCUCUGAGAACAUGUUCUGCGCUGGCUUCCUCAGGAAAAAACAAGAUGCAUGCCAGGGGGAUAGUGGGAGUGUCUUCACAGUGUUAGACAUGGAAAGUGGUCGGUGGGUGGCUACAGGUAUUGUUUCUUGGGGUAUCGGCUGUGCCCAAGGUUAUGGCUUCUACACCAAGGUCCUCAACUAUUUGGACUGGAUCAAAGGGAUAAUAAAGGAGGAUGGGCUCUAAAUGUUCUUGUCCAGCUGAAGAAUCCCUGAUACCAUAUGGAUUUCCAGAUACAGAAUAUCAUAUCCAAAGCUUUUGUUGUCGUCCUAAAGACUUUUCAAACAUAGAGACCAUGUAACCUUAAUCACAAGCAUUUCUGAAAACCAUCAUGUUGUCUGAUGAAUUUUUGUUGGUACCAUACUGUCCCACCAGCAGUUUGUGGGAGGCCUUUAUACAUGUUCUAGUUCUUCCAAAUGCAGUUGUGGUAUUGGAUGAAGCUUUAAUAAAAUCAGAGAUCUCAUGACAGCAGACUUA